AUGAGCCAACAUCAGUUUCUUGCCGCCAAGGGUUCUGGCCAGCCGCCCGAUCGGGCCGAAGCGUUGAGCGCUUCCAGCAGGCGAGUGAGGCCGCUAACAAAGGCAAAGUGUGACAAUUGUCGGGACAGAAAGAUCAAGUGCGACAACACACUCCCACGAUGCAUGCGAUGUGUCAAGAGUAACCUGCCAUGCCGAAAGUCUAGAAAGGAGCUACAAUUUGUGUUUGCCGACCCCUCGGCUGCGGCGCACACACCAGCAGCGACUCGUCAGCGCGCCGCCCAAGAGAUCGCGAGGCGGCUUCCUACUGCGAGUCCCUUUGGCGCCCCGUCCAUCCGGCGUUCCGCCAUUGUGAAUCAAUGCUGCACCACUCUGUUCCCGAGCGACCCGACCGGAUGGACGUCCGAUACCAUGAGCAUCAUGAAUGUGCUUCAGGGCAGGGACACCGCAGCCGACACCGUGGCCCUGGCUGCGUCUUACCGUCUCGUCGUGGACCAAGAUCCCAGUCUCCGUGCGUAUAGCCUGGAGGCGUACUGCCGAGCCGUGUCGCAAAUGAGAUUCCUGGCCAUGGAUUUCAAGAAGAAUUGGAGAAGGCUUUUGGAAUCAUCACUGCUGCUGUUUUUGUACGAGGCGAAUCUUGAUGAUAUUAUCCAAUACCCAGCAGUUACCCUUGGCACUGAUAGCCAUCUAACAGGGAUGACUUCAGUCUUGAAACUGGUCGGCCCCGCCGCUUUUCAGACCGAACCACUCCACGGUUUCUUUUUAUGCGCCAGGUUUGCUCUUAUAUAUCAAUACUGCACGAGCAAAUGGGACAUGCUGUUUGUAUUGCAGCCAGACUGGCUCGCAAUUCCCUUUGCCAAGAUCCCAAAGACCUUGCUUCACAAGGUGUUGGAUAUCAGAGGGCAGCUCGUCGUUAUGAGACACCGUCUGCCGUUGGAAUGCCAACCUGUGCCGCGAUAUCAACACUCUCCGAGUUUUUGCAAAACUUGCCACGACAUGCGCUACCUGCUCGGCCAACUUCAUGAUCAGCUCGACGGAUGGAUCGACGAGCUGGAAGAGCAGAUGCCGCAUCUGGUAGGAGUGGCCACGGCCCAAGAUGGCCGCACGGCGCUGAGCAAGCCGGCGUUUCGCAACCCCGGCGAGACCCAGGCGCUGGCGCAGUACUGGGUGGUGCGGCUCGCCAUCUACCUCACGACAUGGCGGAUGUCGCGCAUGCCGUUAGAGGCGUGCCGGGCCGGCGCGGCGGAAGACAUGCGGCGCCGGGACGAGGCGUACCUCGCGGCUGUCCGCGCGUCUCUGCGCACCGCUGCGUACUGCAUGGGUCCGGGCACGGGGUCGUGGCAUCGUAAGAUGUGGGUGGAGCUGGCAGAAGAGAUGAGACUGUAUUGUGACAGGAGAGGCGGCUUGGGCAACAUUGAAGACAAAGUUGUGCGCCUGCAGGAAGACAUCAACUCAGGCUGGGACGCAGAUGGCCUGACGAAGCCUCUGGUGAGCGAAGGCGAUGGAAGAUACUUUGUAUAG